AUGUCAACCUCCCCACCGCCCGCGCCCGCGCCCGCGCCGGCACCCGCGCCCCUCUCCCUCCCCAACCAACCGCCCAAAAAGCGGCCCAGCAUCAGCACCAGCGCCAGCGCCAGCGCCCUCUCCCACAAACGCCAACGCGUGCACCCGCUCAGCCAAACCUCCUUCCCCGCCUCGCAGGACACGGACCCGCGCGUCUACAGCGCCAGCGCCACGAGCGCGAAAUCUGAGGCGGAUGGCGCGAGCGCGACGGGGAGCUUUACGGGGUCGUUUGGGGGCGGGAGUGUGGAUGGGAGGGGCCAGGGGCUGGGGCAGGGGCAGGGGCGGAAGAGGAGGAAGGGGAGUGGGGUUGGUGGGAGGAAAGGGGGGGAGGGGGAGAGGGAGAGGGAGAGGGAGGGGUCGGGGUCGGGGAGUUUGAGGGGGACGGUUGUUGAUGGGGGUGGGCUUGGGGAGUUAGGCGAGGGGGAGGAGGAGGGAGAGGAGGGGGAUGAGGGGGAUGAGGGGGAUUUGGAGGAGGGGGAGGAUGGAGGGGGGGAUGGGGAUGGAGAUGGGGAUGGGGCGGCUAGGGAGGCGGAGGCUGAGAGGAAGAAUCUUGCGAUUCUUAUCGACGCAUUUACGCCCGCUCAGUCGUCGCGGUACGACUUCUUCAAGCGCGCUAAGCUGAAUAAACCCAUGGUACGCAAGAUUGUGAAUCAGACGCUGUCGCAGUCCGUACCCCCGAAUGUCAUUACGACUAUUAGCGGCUACACGAAAGUGUUUGUUGGAGAGUUGGUGGAGAAGGCGCGGACGGUGCAGGAAGAGUGGGCGGACGCGGCGGAUAGAGCUGCGUAUGCGGAAUAUCAAGCUGCGUUGGCCAAGGAAGAGGCGGAGGAGGAAGCUGCUGCUGCUGAAGCUGCUGCUGCUGAAUCUACGGAGUCUAUACAGCCUACGCAGCCGAAUAAUCCCACAGCUCCGACGAACCCGGUCUCAGAUACCCAGGCACCGCCGCAGACUUUCGAAUCGAGCAGCAGUAUGACUGAAUCAGGCGCACCUUCUAUGGUUAAAACGGAACCGGAACCGAAAGAGAAUGGAAUGACUGCCGUGAAAGCAGAACCAUCUUCCGCCAACGGCGUCAAGACGACUGACCCCACUGUUCCUCAACCCACCACCGCCGUUGUCCCCCCUCCUUCAAUACAGCCACAACCGCACACUCAACCACGCACAGAUCCAACCUCCCUCCACACCCCACCAGGCUCGCAAUCCUUCACGUCCACAAUCCCCAACUCUUCCUCCACAUCGCCCGAAUCACGACCACCACCCCCCAAGCCGAAAAAGCAAAGACCCCCCUUCGAACCCCCCCCAAAUCCGCACCGCGGCCAACUCCUCCCCGCACACCUGCGCGAGGCUCUUAGACGGUAUAAGCUGGAUGCCGAAGGGGGUGGUGUUGGGUUUGGCGCGUUGAGUAUGGGUAGUACGGGGAUUAAGGGUUCGUUUACUUGCGGUGUUCGAGGGGUGGGGGGGAGGAGAUUGUUUCGAUGAGUUGGGAAGGGGGGGUAUCUUUUUUAACACUUCCGCCCCUUCUUCGUGAUGGAUUCGUAUCGAUGGAUCCCUACUUUUUUUAUAUUUUUAAUGCUGGUCGUGUAUUAAACUGAACCGCUGGAUGCCUUUUUUUAUCUGGGGAGGAGCUUAACUGCGGGCUUUUUGCGGUUUUUGGGUUUUGGUUUGGUCUGGUCAGGUCUGGUCGUAUCUAUUGGUUUUGAACGUAAAAUGGCAUAGCAAUAUCGGAGUAUAUUAGAUGGAACAAACCGGACUGCUUUAUUUUAAACUAAUUUUUGCCAAUGGCAUCAUAUUUUAGGGAUGACAUGAUAGGUCGAAAGAUUCCUUUU